AUGCCGUUUGAGCAACAUCACUUCCAAGAUCUCUUACCACCAUCCAUCAACGAUGGUGGUAGUAUCAAUAAAUUAAACUCAAGUUUAACAUCACUAGAUUUUUACUUACUUGAUGAUAUUGAAGCUUACUUAUCUCCUCCUACUCUUCACUCUAAAACAACUAAACAUGAUUUAAUUAACGAUAGUAUCAAUGAUAAUAGUCAACAUCAUGAAGAUUUCUUUGCUGAUUUUGUUUUUCCUGAAUUUGAAGAAAACUCAGAUUUUGUUGAUCCAUUAUCAUUUGAUGAAAUAGAACUUGAAAAAUGGAUUAGUCAAUCAUCUUUUCCAUCUCCUCCGAUGGAUUUAGAUACUUCCCCAUUGUCAAGUAUUGAAGAUACAUCAUCAACACUUUAUGAUUAUCCAAUAAAUUCAGAUAUGAUUGUACCAUUUUCACCAUCUCUAUCGUCUGAAAAAAAUUACGAAAAAAAAACACAAAAUAAAACAGCAGCUGAAAAAUAUCGAGUAAAAAAGAAAUCUGAACGUCAUAUAUUACUUGAUAGACAUUUAAAAUUAAAAAAUACAAAUACAGAAUUAAAAUUGGAAUUAGAAAAUUUAACUUUUCGUGUUGAAAAAUUUAAAAAAUUAUUUGUUGAUUUACUUCAAAUUGAUUUAUCAACAUCAAAUUAA